ACACGCCCAACAGACAAGUGAGUUUGACGAGGGAAAAUCAGUGCGUUGCCCCAGCUGUGCUCAAACUUACAGCUCAAGUCAAGGUUUUAAAAAACAUGUAGUAAGAUGUCAUAUUGCAGCUUCUGGAUUGGAAGUUGUGCAAGCAGGUGGAGGGUGGAGUGUUGUGAACUCAAUGAAAAACUCCAUAUCGGUCCAUACACUUGAUCUUGAGUCUGAAGACAUGAUUGAUGACCCCGACUACUUUUUGAUUCACAAUAGAGAUAGUAUCAGUAAAAUUUUGCAGGAGGAACUCAAAGCGAAAAAGCAGUUUAAAUAUAAAUUGGAUAUUAAUGUGAAUUUUUAUCGCGAGGUUGAUGGAGAGUCUGAUUUUGUAGCUGCAUGGUUUGGUCCGGCUUAUUCGACCGUUCUUCAUCUUAAAGACAUAGAGCAGAGCCUAGAUUUUGUUAUUCCUGACGCUCUUGAAAGAGUGAGGGAUUAUAAUACAAAUGGAAGCGGAUGGCAUAUUUUCAGCACUCUGAAAAUUGUUAUCAAAGUUGUUCAGUACAGCCCUCUCUCUGGAGGCUGUAUGGGGGAUGCCCCCUCUUGGGUUAAAAAUUCAAAAUCCGUUACUAAUAUCGUUUGUGCCAAGAACGACUGCUUUCCUAUUCAUGUGCUUUUUAAGUUGCUCAAGCCUGACAAACAUGACAGCCGACGAACCUACAAACAAUUAGAAAAGAAUAUGCAUCUACUAGACAUGACUAACAUUAGCCUGCCAGUGCCUCUUGACCAAAUAAACCGAUUUGAAUCGCAAAACCCCCAGAUUUCGGUGAAUGUGUACUACUCUGCGACUGUUAAAAGGGAUGGAUGCUCGAUUCCAAAGCUGUACCCCAUUAGAGUCUCAAAAAAAGAAGCGUCUAUACCAGUUGACCUUCUCAUUCUGCCUCACAAGGGAGAAAGGCAAAAUUUGGAGAAAAUGUUGUUUGAUACCGAUGUCACUAGUUUUGAAGAGGGGGGCGGUGAGGAAGCCGGCUCAUUCCUUACAGAUGGCCUUAAGCAACGCAAAAAGACUGGAUUUCACUACUGCCUGAUAAAUAAUCUUUCUCGCCUUCUCCGCCCUGCCAAACAAACAAAUAGGCGUAUCUUCGUCUGUCGAAAGUGUCUCUUAACUUUUAGAAAUGAAAACGUGUUUAACACGCAUGAUUCACUUUGCUCACCUGACAAUCCUCAAGUCUGUAACAUGCCUAAAGAACACAACAAAUUUCUUCAAUUUUCCAAGCCAAGUGCACGACUAAAACCAUGGUUUACAAUUUACGGCGACUUUGAAUGCAUUCUAUCAAAAACGCAGCUUGAUGAAAAUACGGACAUGGGUAAAAGCAGUACUACCACGUUGCAGAAUCACACACCUUUCGCCUAUGCCUAUAUUGUCUUAGACCACACCGGGCAAGUUGUUCGCCGCUGCUCCCCCAGAAUCUUUCGUGACAGUUUUGCUAACGUUGCUGCAGAGUUUCUCCGUGAAAUUGACGAACUUUACUGCAAAGUUCUCCUCCCUAGAAUGAAAGAGCGGGGGAUUCACAUGACAGAGGAAGAGAAACUCAAACACUAUGCGGCCACUCAUUGCGAAAUUUGUGGGAGGCGCUUCAAUUCUACUGUUCUCAAAGUGGCGCAUCACGAUCAUAAAACAUCAAGGUACUUGGCGACUAUUUGUGACAGGGACAAUCUUGAAAUAAGACAAACCAAGAAAGUACCAGUAAUUUUUCACUCUUCAGCUAGUUAUGAUACGCAUCUUUUGAUGGGGGGUCUUGCCGAGGUUGCAGAUAAGUCUGACAGAAUAAUGGUCAUCCCACGCACUAAAGAGAAGUAUGUUGGCUUUUCGUGGAAGUGUUUGACUUUCCUAGACUCUCUGAGCUUUCUUAAUUCAUCCCUAGACACACUAGCCAAAGGAUUAAGUUCAUCUGAGCUUCGCUAUCUCCAUCAGCAUUUUAAAGAUGAUCCGAUGCGGGAGAUCAAAAUUCAGCUGCUGAGCAAAAAAGGUUUUUUCCCCUACUCAUUCCUUGACUCUUCCGAACGCCUGUCACUCAAAACCCUCCCGCCCCGCUCUGAAUUUUUUAAUGAUCUCACUCAAGAAGAAUUAAGCCCUGAAGAUUACGAACAUGCUUGUCAGGUCUUCAAGGUGUUCAAAUGUCGAAACCUGGGCGACUAUGCCGCCGUCUAUCUAGCUUGCGAUGUGCUUCUUCUAAGCUGUGUGUUUGAAGCGUUUCGCUCCAUGGCUUUUGAUUGUUACAAAAUUGAGCCAACGGCGUUCUAUUCCCUCCCCGGCUUUUCCUUGCAAGCCGCUCUGCUCAUGUGCAAUGCCAAAGUUGAGCUUUUAACUGAUAGAGAAAUGCUUCUAAUGGUUAACGGGGCUAUUCGCGGCGGAAUGACGGUUUGUUCACACCGUUACAGUAAGGCUAACAAUAAGGAUCUGGCAGACUUUGACCCUGGAAAACCCUCAACCUAUAUAACUGCAUGGGAUGCAAAUGGGAUGUAUGCUUUGGCGCAGAAAGGGGCCCUUCCAACAGGCAAUUUUAGGUGGCUUGAGACAGAGGAGCUGGAUAACAUUGAUGUGUUUCAACUAUCACCCCUAGAUAAAACUGGAUAUUUUUUUGAAGUUGAAUUAACAGUGCCAGAUGACCCCGCAAUUCAUGAAUACUUGUCUGAUUUUCCCCCUGCUCCAGUUCUGAAAAAAGUUAAUAUUGACGACCUUUCACCGUAUCAGCAAAACCAUUGGAACAGGCCGGCUCAGAUGCAGGAAAAACUUAUUUUGGACUUAACUGAUAAACAAAAAUAUGUGCUGCACUACCUGACACUGCGCUGCUACGCCGAAUUAGGCAUUAAAUUUGUAAUCAAACGAGGAAUUUCAUUUUCUCAAGACAACUGGCUAUCCCCAUACAUUGACUUCAACACUGGCAUGCGUCAAAAGGCUACAACAUCCUUUGCUAAGUCUCUAUUCAAACUUCUUCUAAAUUCUCUCUUCGGGAAGUUGAUGGAAAGGAAAGAGUUAAGAAGAAGGGUUGUUCUAGCGGUUGGAAAAAAAUCUGUUGUGAGAUAUGCCUCUAAACCGAGUUUCUAUGACUUUACGGUUAUCAAACCAAAUUUUGUUGCAAUCGAGCUGAAACAGACGAGUGUCACCCUAGAUGUUCCGUUUAUCUGCGGCGCGACGGUCCUAGAGAUUUCUAAAUGUUUUAUGUAUUCUAUGUUCUACAAAGUCAUCCGCCCCUCUUUUCAAAAUCCCCCUAGACUCCAGUACAUGGAUACAGAUUGUUUCGUUUUAUUAAUUGAGUCUGAUGACCUAAUUAAGGAGCUUAAGCCUCUGGCGAAACAUAUUUUUGAUUUUUCAAACCUCUCCCCAAACCACGAGUUGUAUGAUCGAAGUAAUGCUCUUAAGCUUGGCUUGCUAAAGGAUGAAGUUGCGGGUCAAACAAUUUCAGAGUUUAUUGGGCUCAAAAGUAAAAUGUAUUACAUUAAAACAUCAGAGUCAGAAAAGAAAAUUGGAAAAGGCAUUCAUAGAUCCGCUCUUCGCAGUCAGGUUACCCGUGAUCACUACUUUAACGCUGUGUUUAACAAACAAUCCUCUCCAUAUCGGGUACACUUUACAACAUUCAAAACAGAUGGUAAACACAACAUUCAAACAGUGAAGCAGGUAAAGCUUUCUGUUAAUAACUACUGCGACAAGCGUAAGUUUGAGGAUGAUCUUAUUCACUGCACUCCAUUUGGCUUCAAGGGCGACGCAUCUCGCAUUAGAAUGCCUUGUUUUUAAUGUUCUUGAAAGGAACUAUGUAUUCUCUUUAUAAGUACUAACAAUUGUUUUUUGUAUCACAAGAAUGUCUAUUAAGUUUACUUACCAAUAAAAAUUUAAAAAAAAAUGCUACUAACGACUUUAUGCACCCUUUACUAACCAAAUAUUGAUUUAAAUAUUAAGAAAACCAAAAACUCUGUAUUCCCCAACUCUAGUGUGUUUUCUUCAUGGUGUUUGUAUUACAGUUAUGUAUAGUCUGCUUAAAAAUAAAAAGUUUUGAAAAAA